AUGCUGGACCCGCUGAGCGUUGCGGGCCUGACGAUUGCAGUGUUUGACCAGCUGUUGAAAUUGAGCGAAAGAACCAUCCAGUUUGUGUCUGAUGCGCGGUCUUUCGACAAGCAUGUACGCCUUUCAGAGCAUAAAAUCAGGGAUGAACACAACCGGAGUGAGCAGUUACGGGCACUUCUCUUCACCCCAACCCCGCUCUACGACCAGAAUGCCAUGUUUGAUUAUUUCAGCGAGGACGUGCAGGACCAGAUCAAAAUCCUCCUCAUCGAAGCCGUAGGCAAGCUGCACGAAGCAGUCGAUCUCCUUGACCGGCGCUACCAUCGACGCAGCCAUGACACCAAGCUGUCUCCAAGCGGCGGCAGCGUGACCAUGUUCGACCGCAUGCGACAGUCGUCGAGAUCACCCCUCCGGGUCGUUCAAUGGUCAUUCCGGGACAAGAAGCGCACCGAGACCGUCAUGACGGAAUUCACAGACCUGAACCGGCGCAUUCAUGAAAACAUCAAGCUCUUCAUCCUGGGGUCGUCGCUGUCGGUCAACCCAGAGCGCCAUCUUCGGCAUCUCCAAAGCAAUCCAGCAUCGCAACAGCUCGGCUUCAACAUCGACGCAACAUUGCGACUGCAUGUAGAGAACGCAGAACAGACUGUCGAAGAUUGUGGCCUGCCCCAGGAACCGUGGGAAGGCAUUCUGGCGGCCGCCCAUCCGGUACCCGGAUAUGAGCAGCGCUAUGCUAUCGCCGACGAUGAAGACGCAGCUGGGUCAUCGCUGAUUCUGGAAUACCGACGCUAUGAACCGGUGGGAUCACAGACCGCUCAACAAGUUGACGAAAGAACCAGAACCCUCCUCAACUGGCUGGCACGGCUUCUCAAGGUUUCCAAAGAAGAAGAUUUCCUCGUCCUGCGGUGUCGAGGCUGGACAUAUAUUCCCAACCAGGAGAAGAUUGCAUUUGUCUUUGAGCCGCCGCCAGGAUUUCGGGGGGUUCCCACCAGUCUGCUUGACCUCCUAAGAGACUCCAGAGCCAAACUCUCCUUGAAUGAGCGGUUGCAAAUUGCCUUUGGUCUCGCCCGAAGUGUUUCACACCUACAAAUGGUGCAAUGGGUGCAUGAAAGCAUACGGAGCGAGAACAUCCUCUUCUUCCCAGCCGCGGACGGCCCGGACCCAAAUGAGAAGCAGAUCAACUACGCCCAGCCCUGGGUGUUUGGAUUCGAGUUCAGCAGACCCGAGACAUUCAGAUCCCACGGCCUCACAGAUGUGGCCAUUGAACGCGACGUCUACCGACAUCCCGACAGACAGGGACGACCAAGUGUGAAGUUUCAGAAGAUACACGACAUCUAUGCUUUAGGAGUCGUUCUCUUGGAAAUAGGCCUCUGGGAAUCCUGGGAGCAGAUGCAAAAGGUGCGGGCCGCAUACCAACACAGUGCAAGAAGCCUGCAGAGCCUACUCGUCCAGCACGCCCAACGCUGGUUGAGUAGGCGCAUGGGAGACAAGUACAGGGACAUUGUGGUCAAGUGCUUGGGAGGGCACUUCGUCAUGGCCGAGGACACUCGAGAAGAACUCAACCUUCAGCAAGCCUUCCGGGCCGAGGUGGUCGAUGUGUUGGAGAGGUCACUGGCUGGUAUAUGA